CGUUCGUCUUUGCGGAUGAAAAAGUUUUGGCUAAAGAAACGUAAUCUAAAUAAAUUUAUCAUUUCUGCAAUCAUUCACAGUAAGGACGAUAUCCGCCCGUUUACAAAUAUUGAAAUAUUUGGCCAUAAGCAUUUAGCUCUUCUAGACAGUGGAGCUAACAAGAGCGUAAUAGGAGGAGCUCUUGCCGCAGAAAUUGUUUCAAAACCUUUAAAAUUUAACAAAAUAAAUGGCAUAGUUCAUGCUGCUGAUGGUCAUAAACAGACGGUUGCAGGUACUGUUAGUAUACCCCUGACUUACAAUUCAAUUGAAGCGGAGUUUGAAUUUCUGGUAGUACCGUCUAUCAAGCAGAGUGUUAUUUGCGGAAUGGACUUUUGGAGAGCUUUUGGGAUCUCCAUUAGAACCCCUUUCUCUAUUAAUGAAGUGGUAGAAGAGACAGCAAGCGUGCCCAGCAAAUUACAUAUGUCGGACGCUCAGAGAGCAAAGCUUCAGUCGGUGAUAGAAUUUUUCCCUUCAUCGGAACGCUAUGGUCUGGGAGAGACAUCUCUUGUAGAGCAUGUGAUUGACACAGCUGAGGCUAAGCCUAUUAAACAAAGGUUUUAUCCCUUGUCACCGGCCAAGGAGAAGUUGCUAUGUGAGGAGGUUGAUCGUAUGUUGCGCUUGGGAGUGAUUGAAGAAGCUUCUGCUUCUCCAUGGUCUUCUCUAGUGACACUAGUUGUUAAGCCUGGAAAGGUGAGAUUAUGUUUAGAUGCUCGUAAGGUCAAUGCGGUGACCGUAAAGGAUGCAUAUCCGAUGCCGAUCCUUGAGGGUUUGUUAAGUCGUCUUCCUCCCGUGCAUUG